AUGGCCUCAUCGUAUCCCAUCCUUCCAUAUUCUGCGCCAAUCUUCUCCGACUCCAACUCCUCCGUACAAUGCGUUUACGGCAGCGACGUGCCUGACAACGUCACUCCACCUCCGAGCGACUCCGGAAAUAGCGAAGACUUUGCGUCAGAGUGGCCAACAACGUCCGAACUCCAACAGACCUUGGUCACAAAAUGUCUUCCUGAUCCGCGCACCCGUAGCUUUCGCAUUCAGCCCUCUACCAUCAAGUCUGCACUCCAGUGCGCCAUUCCAAAAGAUCGCGUCAGUAUCCAGGUCGAUUGUACCUACUUGAUCGCCUACGAUAUCCGCACCCUAAGCCACGAUUACCGGUCCACUCAUCGCAGUCCGAUCGUUGCCUGA